AUGGCCUCUAUGAAUUAUCGGCGAUGUUUAGUGAAACUGCCAUGCUAUUCAUCUCAAUUUCCUCUUUUUAACCUCUCCUUGCAAGUCAUUUCAAACGCUGUAUUAUGUAUUCCCUUUUCGACGACUGCAAAUCGCAAGGCCGAUCGAAACGGACCGCCCAAGAAAGGAACCAGCUCACUACGAAUUACAAAAAAGGCUCCGGUCAAAGAAAAGGGAAAGCCGCCUGCACAGGGUGAGCGCAAGGCUAUGCGUAAAAGGAUCGUUCUAAGUAAUACCAAUGCCCUGGAGGUUGAAUUGCCUGAGUUUAACAACACAUUGAUUCGGGAGCUACUAAGUAAAGCUCAGCCAACACCGAUAAAAAACAAAUCGCCCACGAAGCAGCUUGGAAAGGACAAAGGGUCAGAGACAAGCGAAAAUACACCUGCUGUUUCAGCACUGGAGCCGGCGUCGAAGCUUAUUGGAAGUGUCAUUGGUUUGAGCGACAAAGUGAUAGAUGGCCUGAGGGCUGCAAAUGCCUUCAAGAUCACACAGAGUUGGCGCCUCUUCCGUCAGCCUGGUAUUCUUAUUCGUGAGGAAAGUAGGAUACUGACCGAACUGAUGGUCCAGGCGCAGGAAAAUAAGCAGACAUUGCGGCUCGUAAUUGAUGGCGCUAAAGGAACCGGAAAGAGCAUGUUAUUAAUCCACGCAAUCUCUACUGGCCUUAUCAGAGACUGGAUCGUUAUAAAUAUACCAGAGGCUCAAGAGGUUACCAACGCCGUUACCGAUUACGCUCCUAUUCCUGACUCAGACCUUUGGUGUCAGAAUAACCUUAUUGCCGAACUUCUCAGCAAAAUUGCACAGGCGAACAGUGUACUUCUAGAUUCACUGCCAGUUACGCAAAUUCAUAGAAAAUUACCUGCUCAGAUAGAUUCGAGUACCUCUAUCCAUCGCCUUUGCGAGCUUGGGGCGCGAGAACCCGAUAUAUCUUGGCCUUUUUUCCUUGCUUUUUGGGCUGAGAUAACGGCUCAAGGAAGACCACCGAUCCUAAUGUGUCUAGAUGGACUCAGUCAUAUCCUACAAAACAGCCUAUAUCUCAAACCUGACCUGAGCCAUAUACAUGCACAAGACCUGGCGCUUAUCAGACAUUUUACCGAUUACCUUUCUGGUGCAAGGUCGCUAUCCAAUGGUGGGGCCUUUCUCGCUGCCACCAGUCGAAGUCAUUCUCCUAUAUCUCCUACUUUAGAGCUUUCGGUAAAACGCUGGGAAGAACGUAUGCAGAAACUCGAAGAGUCAAAGAUGGAUCCUUAUGAGAAAAAAUAUGACACUCGUUCAGAAAAAGUCCUUUCUGACGUCGAAUUCCUAAAACUGGGUGGUCUUACGAAGGAUGAGACGAAGGGUUUGCUAGAGUAUUGGGCUAAAAGUGGUCUUUUUAGAUCAAAGGUUGAUGAUGCAACAGUAGUAGAAAAAUGGGUCCUUUCUGGGCAUGGAAACGCGGCCGAGAUACAAAGAUCAUCACUCUGGAUGAGAGUUUAG